AUGUCGUUGCUGUUAAACGACGAGCGGGAGUGGGUUACCACUUUGUGCUAUGCGUCUCAAAAAGGGAGGAGAUCAGCGCGCCUUGACGACGAUCUUUGUCUACUACACGGAAACUGGACCUCUUUUGUGGCGUACUACGAUACAAUACUACUUUGGUUCCUGAUUAUCAACCGGGCUAUGUCGGGUGUCAAGAUCGCCAGCAUGGCAUUUGAAAUAUGCUUGACUGUCAUGUGCUACCAGCCUCAAGAAGCGCCGGUAGGCCAAUGA